UGAGCCGGUGCGCGUGCUCCCCCCGACCCGAGCCCAACACCACGGUCGGAACCGGAACCGGCUCCUGCUGCAUCUCUGGACCCAACUGCACUAGGACUGAAGAGCCGAACCUGCAAGCUCCAUCAUGGUGCAGCUGUCUCCUUCACCCGUCCUGGACUCGUCCGUUCCAGCCGAGUGUCCCGCUGAGGCUGAUGAGAACCCGGAGGACCCGGACGACCCGGAGGACUCCGGCUCAGCGGACUGCCUGGAGGGCCUGAAGAGCCUGCAGCUCAGCCUGGAAGUGUCCACCGCCUACCACGGAUACGACACCUACAUAGAAGAUGGUCUCAUCUGUCUGAAGCAUAAAAUCCGCAACCUGGAGAAGAAGAAGCUGAAACUCAAGGACUAUAAGAAGAGGCUGACCCUGGGCGAGACUUUGAACAAAGACCAGAAGCUGGCUGUGGAGAAGUACGACGAGGUCGUCCAUAACCUGGAAUUUGCUCGGGAGCUGCACAAGACCCUGGAUGACCUGACCCAGAAUCUGCUGAAGGCCCAGAAGAAGGCGGCUAAGAAGGAGCAGCUGGUCAAGACGGAGUCGGAGAGGAGGCGUCUGACCAUGGUUCUGAAGAUCCAGCACCUCCUGGCCAGUCUGCAGCAGGACCACAUCAGCAGAGACCUGCAGGCUGGACAUAACCAGGCCCCACAUGUCCCGGCCCUCCAGCUGCAGCGCCUCAACCAGCUGGCCGGCCUGCUGGGGGUCCGGAGGGACGACCGUCUCAGUUUGGAGGAACAGAUGGAAAAGGCUUCCCUGGUGUACAUGGACCUGCUGGAGGGGGCGGACAAACCGGUGGCCGGAUCCACAUAUAAGUCGUUGAAGCAGGAGCUCAUCAAACUGUUGAGCUACAAGUACUUCAGCUGUCUUCCACCUCCACCCAACAAGCCUUCAGAGCUGCUGAGCUCCAGGACUCUCAGCUGUAAGAUCUCAGACAUUAUAAAGUCCAAACCAAGUGAGGCUUCCAAAGAGUUUUUCAACAGGCUUUACCUGGCGGACAUGGAGGCUCUGCCCACUCAGACCUGGAAAGACGACUUCCAGGUCAUGAGGGAGCGCGAGCCUCCUGACAGCUGGGAUGCAGAAAUCCCAGAUGAACCCUCAGUACCACAAACUGGAGGUCAGAAAAGGUGGAGGGGAGCCGCCACCCUUAUGCCCAGAGCGGUCUCAGACGCCUCAAAGAAGCUGUCUGACAGCAAACAGAGAAAAGGGAAAAAAGCCAAAGGAGAACACAACACAACGCAGGUUUGUCAGAUGGAUAUACCUGUGGAGGUUUUCAAAUCACCGUCCACCUUCCCCAAAGACCCCAUACUGAGGAAGCAGCACCUGGAGGAUCUCAUGAUGAAGAUUCACAGCUCUUUCAACUUCAUCCAGGACUCCUUCCUGGAUGGGGAGAACUCGCCCACCAAUGGCCAGCCCAGACUGAUGAGACGACCAUCUGGAACUCACUCUCCUCUGGCUCAGAGCGGUCUGAGAAGCCCGGCCGACGUCCUACCUAAAACAAUGACUUCCACCCCGUUGCCCGCCCGGCUUGUGGAGCGUAAAUCCAGCCUGACCAGUGGGGACCAGAGCCUGCACACCAGUGACCUGGAGCUUUCCUCCAUGGACCCGUCUCACGAGACUCUGCAGCUGGCCGACGGGAAGUCGUUUUCCCCCCCACCUCACUACCGCAGGGAAUCAGUCGCCGGUCUAGAAGAGAAGGGCAGUCCUUGUACACCAAUGACUGAUUCGGGGAAGCAGUCCCCCUGUAACGGGGUGAGGUCCUGCACCUCCACCCCACCCCAGCCAGAGACCUUCUCCACCCCUCCUGCCAGACGGGCCCUCACCUCUGCACAGUUCCAGAACAUUCAGUCAGUCUUCAAGGCCGGCUCCGCCCUGCCCCAGAACGGGGAUCCGCACUACAAGCUGAGCCCGCCGGUCUUUGAGACGCGCUACAGCACCGUCAGCACCCAAACCCCGCCAGAGUUCGCCCCGGCCGACGACGAGCCUCAGCUGGUGUACCAGUCAGAUUACUCGGUGAACAGCAGUGGGCAGAGUUUCCUGUCUCCGGGACAGUUAGGUGGUGGCGCGGCUCGGCCCAGCCAGUCGUACUACAGAGGAUCCGUCAGAGGUAUGGCACGUGGUGGCAAGGGACUGGCACAAAACCCUCGCUCUUCUUGGUGGCACCGAGGAGGCUCCUACAUGUCUCAGGCUCAUUUCCGGGACUCCGGCCCUCCCCUGUACGCUGCCAGAGAUUCCGGAUACCAACACUACUACAGACGAGGAGGGAGACAGAACUCCAGUGUGGCCUGGAGCGACUCGUCCCAGGUCAGCAGUCCGGACCGGGAGGGCGGCUUCACCAUCGUGGACUCGGGUCACGGGGACUCCAUGUCUGUGUCCACGGUGGAGGUCCCGCUGACCCCCCACAGCCACCCCCCCGCCCAGCUGCUGCCCAUGCAGCUGUACCCGCUGUCCCAGCCGCUCAGGGUGGCCUUCACCGCCUCCCGCACCGUCAACUUCGCCCCGGGGAACCUGGACCAGCCCAUCGUGUUCGACCAGCUGCACAGCAACCUGGGGGAGAUGUACGACACCCACAUCGGCCGCUUCACCUGCCCCGUGAGCGGCACCUACGUCUUCAUCUUCCACAUCCUGAAGCUGGCCAUCAACGUGCCGCUGUACGUCAACCUGAUGAGGAACGAGGACGUGAUGGUGUCGGCGUACGCCAACGACGGGGCCCCGGACCACGAGACGGCCAGCAACCACGCCAUCCUGCCGCUCUUCCAGGGAGACCAGGUGUGGCUCAGGUUGCACCGCGGCGCCAUCUAUGGCAGCACGUGGAAGUACAGCACCUUCUCUGGCUUCCUGCUGUACCAGGACUGAACUGCUGACAGGAGACCGUUCGCUUUGCUCUCUGUGAGGAUGGAGAACCUCUUCACCACGAAGCCCAUUCACACAGGUUGAGGUUCAGCUUGGGUUUGGACCGUGGAUGUCCUUGAAUGUAGUUCAGUGGGUCCAUGAUGGCGUUGCUCCCUGUGACCUGAGGACAUCUGUGUCCCGCUGCUGGAAACCAUUGUGAAUCGUAUGACUCCUACAGCCAGUAGCCUCACCUGUCAGUCAUAACUCUUAUGCAAUGUUCUGAAUUUGUGCCUUUUUUUUGUUUUCUUUUUUGUUUGUUUCAACUGGCUUUUGGAUGUUGAGCCAUUUGGAUGAAUGGCUUGUGAUCCGGUGAAGUUUCCUCACAGCUCUGCUUGAUGCUGGUCUCUAUGCAUUCAGUCUCACUGCUGGAGAAGCCCAGGGGGGGGGGGUCCGGUGGUGUUGGUGGUGGGUGUGGUG